AUUUCUGAAUUCAUUGCAUCAACUCCCUUUAUCACCACCCAUGGACGCAGUUCCUCUUGGAGCAUCACAGACCUCAAAACUGAGAAGCUGCUGUAAAAACCUGCAGCAAAACUCCGUGUCACAUCUGCUAAAAUAACCCAGCAGAGCGAAUGGAGCUCCGGGUGCAACAGCAGAAUCUCUUUGCAAUUGAUCCUUAUCAGCCCUGUGUGCAACAAAGGAGUGCACCGCACCAUGUGUGCGCCAAGCAGUGUCAUCAAGCUGCAGGGAAGAUGGAAUGUCCAGCUGCAGGUGAGCUGUGAGAAAAAGAACCUCUCCUGGUGUCUUUAGGCAGCUGUGCAGUGCUGAGCUGGAGACUGGAACAGCUGGGCCCCAGGGCUGGCAGCUGGCACCGAGCUGCUGGCUCCAGUGGGCACUGCUUGGGGUCGUGUUUUUAAAGCACGCACUGGAAACAUGGGAGAAGUGCAUGCACUGUGUUUCUUGAUUCAGACACGUAUGCCCAAGGGAGCCUUUACUGGAUGACUGCGCUUCAAACAACAUUGCUUUUCUCAUCUGCACGUGUGCAACAGACAGUGCCUGCAGGCAGGGGCGUCCCUAAGAAACAGCAGAAAGCUGAAGUCAUGUCUAAACAAGGAAAGGACUCGUAAGCUUGGCAGAUUGAUCUGGACAUACCAGGAAAUACACUGAGGAACAAAGGGCAGCAGUAAUCUGCUCUGAAAAACACUGGGAAAACUGUAGGAGACUUAAAAUAAUAAGGGUGAGAAGGGAUCAGGCUGGAGCUGCCUGUUGCUGCCUGCAUAAGGCUUCCCUACUUGGAAGCAGGCAGUGUCCACAUCAGCUGUCUUCUUGCUGAGGCUGCAUCCCACCAAAUGAUGGGCAUGAAGGGGUUCUAUAAGAAACAGCAAUGGAAUAACAGCAAACCUUCAGCCUGGGUGGUAUUCACCCAAGAGCCAAGAGGGAGCUGACACAAUAAAGAGUUCAGCUACCAACUGAGCAGGGUCGCUGUUGUUUCAAACCAUGGUGGUGUCAGAAACUGGUGGAAGUCCCAGGUGGAAAUGUGAGGAGCUGCUGACAUCUGGCCCGAGCAGAUUGGCACAACGUACCAUGAGUUACUGGAAACGUGUGUGAACAUUACGUUGUGGGAAAGAGCUCCCAUGUGUUGUGUGUGAGGAAAUCAUGUCUUUCUCUGCCAGACUUCUCCCAAAGAGUCAACAAGUUUAUGCAGAGGAGAGAACCUGCUGGUAGUGCUUUGCAAAGGUGUUCAGAAAGACUCCUGGGCAGAGGUCCGAAGAAACACCUGAGGUUCUGUGAGAAACUAAUAGAUUUUUCACAGCUAUGACUUGUUAGAGAUGCCCAAUGAAUGGGUGGUGGUCUAACAGGCAAUGGCUUUGCAGCUUGGGAAGAGAAAGGCUGGUAGAAAAUGGGAGCAAGAGAUGUCCCUUCUGACACUGUCACCAGGAAGGGACUCGUAAUCCGUGUGAUGGAGUACAACUGAAGAUAUCCACCUCCUUAACACCCACAGAAUUAUUUUCUUGUACCAAGACAUCUCACCCCACCUCCAAGCUCGCAGGCAGGUCAGGACAAGUGGUGUUGGAAGUCAUACUCAUGGGAUCGAGUGUGCAGCACGGAGUGUGAGCAACGAGCUGCUGGGCUGGGUGUCCCGGAGCGCCGGCAGUCCUGAUUCAAGAGCAAGUUUUACAUCUCCCUGCUGAGUCCCAGAGCCUCUGCUGUCUUUGUCCACCACCUCGACCAGGAUGGGACUGUUGGAGGAGCUCUGGCACCACCAGCACUGGCUGCCACCCGGAGCCACCUGGGAAGACAUGAAGGAGUCUGCGGACACACACUACCCAAAGCCUCAGGACCUCUGGCUCUGCAUCCCCGGUGCUCUGCUCCUGAUCGUUGUCCGAUACGGAUUUGAAAGAACCAUAGCUCUGCCCCUGGGCAGGAGGCUGGGAGUGAGAGACAAGCAGAGGCCCAAAGCUCAGCCCAGUGCCACACUGGAAGGCUUCUACAGGCUGCUGGGCAGGACCCCAAAGGAGGAGGACCUGAUCUCAGUGGCCAAGCAAAGCGGCCUGCCAGUCAGAACAGUGCAGAGCUGGUUCCGGCAGCGGCGGGCCCAGGACCGUCCCAGGCUUACGAAGAGGUUCUGUGAGGCGAGCUGGAGAUUCACAUUCUAUUUCACAUCAUUCUUCUCUGGGGUGGCUCUCAUAUACGAUAAGCCAUGGGUUUGGGAUCACACCGUGUGCUGGCUGAGAUAUCCACAACAGCCUCUCCUACCCACGCUGGGCUGGUUCUACCUGCUGGAGCUCUCCUUCUACUGCUCACUGGUCGUCACCCUGCCCUUCGAUGUGAAGAGGAAGGACUUCAAGGAACAGAUCAUCCACCACAUUGCCACCAUCACUCUGAUCUUUGUAUCCUACUGUGCCAACCUGAUUCGGCUUGGGGUGAUGAUCAUGCUGGUCCAUGACGCCUCUGAUUACCUUCUAGAGCUGGCCAAGGUUCUCCAUUACAUGAAAUGGAAGUGGGUCUGUGAAGCUGUCUUUAUAGUUUUUGCUGUGGUGUUCAUCAGCUCCCGCCUUGUCAUUUUCCCAAUAAUCACAUACUAUUACUAUGUGACAAAAUUUGAGAUGUUCUUCCUAAGCUGCCUGAUAAACACCUUCCUGAUAAUCCUGCAGUUGUUGCACAUUUUCUGGUCCUUUCUAAUUCUCCGGAUGACCUUUGGUGUCAUCCUGUAUGGCGCGAAAAAAAAAGAUGCAAGAAGUGACACUGAGGAAAGCGAUGGGAGCGAAGCAGAGGAUGCGACCAAGAACGAGUAGCGCGAGUUCGUUAUCAAACACUGAGAGCCAGAGAGUCUUAAAAGUACAGAGGCUGAAUAGGACCCAGGGGAAGAGGCCAGACUGACUCAUAGACCCCUCUACAGUGCUACAACACAAAGCACCAUCUGACAUCUAUAUUGGCUGCUCCGAAAGUAAUGCUUCCUAUUUACUUCCACGGAAACUAUAACAGAUACAAAGAGCACAGUAACGCUAUUUGAUAGAGCAAAUUGUCAGCUACAAAAUGCUAUUUCUUAGCACAGUCUCCACCAUUAGCUGUGC